AUGUCAUUCGCCGAUGCAGUGGGGCAGGUGGGGCAGGUGGGGCAGGUGGGGCAGGUGGGGCAGGUGGGGCAGCACCUGGAAUGGAGGAAGAAGUGGCGGCCGGAGUACCUGCGAGACGAGUGGAAGGUCCCCGAAGUACUGCAGAAGUACGCGGUGUCCGGGUUCAUCGGCUACGACUUCCAAGGAUCCCCAGGCAAGGACCACGCCGGGCUGAGGCGACAUCGCAGACAGGCGCGAACGGUGGAGGCUCUGCCGCAUGUCCGCGGCGUUAGGGUGGAGGCAUUGGCGUUGAUAAUGUAUUCGCGAUGGUCAGCACCCUGCGACAAUCAGAAACAGGACGUCCCCGUGACAUUCCAUGUGGAUCUCACUAGAGGACAUUUCAGUGAGGAAUACCGACGUAUUGAAGCCCCUCGUGUUUCCCUUGGAUGUCCGCCGCGGGACUUCUAUGGGUUGAUCCCACGGGAUGAUCCCCUGCUCCUUGGGAAGAGCCAUGAAAUGGGCCAUGAAUUCACAUUAGACUUUGUCUGA